GAAAGAGAGAGAGAAGGAGAGAUGAGAAGCGCUGCUGCAGAACACACCUCAUCUCCUCUUUAGCUGGAGGGAUAGAGGGAGAAAGGGAUUCAGUCAGUGCCAAUUUUCUCCUCUGCUCCAGAGACGGAGAGGGAGAGCCAGGGAAGUGAUAUUUCAGAAAUCUUAUCUGAUAAACAAACAACAGACAGAGACAGAGAGAGAGGCAGAGGAGAAGAGGUACCUUGGCGUAUGAAGCAUCCAAAAAGACAAGACAGAGAACAAAUGGAGAAAGAAGAAGCGACAGAGAGAGACGUAGUCAAUGCUUCUGUUGCGUGACCCAAGGAAUGAGUCGUCCACCUGCAGCCAGCACUUGAGACGGACGUUCGGACAGCGAACACCAUCACCACCCUACAGCCGUUGCCACUGCAAACGUUGAGCAGAAGACUUGUAUAGAUAGUACAUUUCCACAUUUCCAUUUCUCAUAUUUCUCUUAAACCAAUACCUCUUAAUGUUAUGCUGAGUGGUGAAACCAAACCAUCUGCUCUACAGUUACAGUUUGCUCACACAUCUCCAGUCCAAAUGAUUCAUCCCUCAUCUCCAUAACAAAGUCUUCCUCACCUUGUCUGAAUCACCUCCUGAGAGGAUUAUGAGGCCAGCUUUAGCUCUCCUACAGUCACAUUGUCUCUUGUACGUGUUUAGCGGGAUGUGUGUGCCCAUUGUUGUGGGCUCCCUGCCACCUGCACUGCCAUGGUAUGUUCCCUGCCCAGUGAGGUGUGUGUGUCAGAUCAAGCCAUGGUUCUCCCCGGAUUCUGUCUAUCACGAAGCACCCACGGUGGACUGUAACAAUCUGUUGCUGACGAAGCUCCCCUUGCCCAUACCACUGAACACGCACACUCUUCGCCUGCAGAGUAACUUGCUGUCAGUGCUGGACACUGCAGUGCUACAUGGGCUCCCCAACCUCACCGACUUGGACCUUUCACAGAAUCGGUUCAGUCGUGUCAGGAUAAUAACUCAGAGUUCCUCCCUGCCUUCUCUGCUGUCCAUACACCUUGAGGAAAACCAUCUCAGUCAUCUGCCAGAAGCCUCUUUUUCAUCAUUGCCAGCUUUACAAGAACUCUUUCUCAGCCACAACAACCUCCAUUCAAUUGCACCCGGAGCCUUCAAUGGCCUCGACUCCCUUCGUCGUCUUCACAUCAAUAACAACAGACUCACAACAAUUGACCCUCGGUGGUUCAGAGCAUUGCCUCAGCUGGAAGUUCUCAUGCUUGGGGGCAACCCUGUGGAGGCUCUGCCUGAGAGGGGAUUUGUGGCCCUAACGUCCCUACGAAGCCUUGUACUUGGCGGUAUGGGUCUGAGAAGUUUGGCUGAAAAAGCACUGGAAGGGCUCGAAGAACUCGAAAGUCUUUCCUUCUACGACAACCAUCUUACCAAGGUUCCUCGACAAGCCCUGAAAAGAGUGCCAGGACUCAAGUUCCUUGAUCUCAAUAAGAACCGCAUCAAACUGAUUGAGACGGGAGACUUUAAAAACAUGUUGAACCUAAAAGAGCUCGGCCUGAACAACAUGGAGGAGCUUGUGUCUAUAGAUAAAGCCUCUCUGGACAACCUGCCAGAGCUCACCAAGCUUGAGAUCACCAACAACCCACGUUUAUCCUACGUUCAUCCUCAGGCUUUUGUCAGGCUGAGCAGACUGGAGAGUCUGAUGCUAAACUCUAAUUCUCUAAGUGCUCUGCACCAGAACAUCAUGCUCUCCCUGCCAAGUCUGCAGGAGGUCAGCCUUCACUCCAACCCACUGCGAUGUGACUGCCUGUUCCACUGGGCCGCCAGGGACACCUCUCACCCUCGCAUUGAAAGGGAUACACAAAUGAAGGCCCAGGUGGCCCGGGUGGUGCGCUUCAUCCAACCUGAGGCGACCUUAUGCUCUGCACCUCCUGAAUUGAGAGCACGUAGAGUGAGAGAGGUCUCUUCAGGAGAGAUGUCUGCAUCCUGCCUCCCAACUAUUCCCGCCAGUUCCCUUCCCUCCUAUGUCGGAGUUCAAGAAGGGGGGAAACUGGUUUUGCACUGCCGAGCACUUGCAGAGCCAUAUCCUGAACUGUACUGGGUGACGCCCUCUGGCCUGAGACUUGGGCCUUCUGCAAACAGUACAUCAAAAGGUUUUCCAGCUUCUGCCCUCUGUAGAAACACAACUUCAGAUGGCUUUAACAACACAUCUGCCCUCAGUUUCCAGCACCCACGAGCCCACAAUGAUACUGUUUGCCAGUUCUUCAAACACUACCAGCUACAGCCUGAGGGAACCCUAGAGAUCAGCAGGAUCUCCCCGAGAGAGGCAGGACUGUAUACCUGUGUGGCUGAGAAUGCAUUAGGAGCAGAUACGCGCAGUGUUACAGUAGGAGUGCACAACAGGGGGAAAAAUAGAAAGAGGGGGCUGAUGACUAAACCGAAGAAAUUUCAAUCCAUGAGAGUAGAAGCCAGGUUGGAGUUGAACGAGGUUGGAGAGCACUAUGCUAUCUUGUCCUGGCAGAGCAGACAAAACCUGCCCUCCACUCGCUUAUCCUGGCAGGCCAUGCAGUCCAGCUCCCACACACCAACGUAUACCACGCGCAUACUUGCUGGCACACAGAGCUUCAACCUAACUCACCUGCAGGCAGAGACAUUUUACAGAGUGUGUCUACAUUUAGGAAUCAGUGAGGACGGCAAGAGAGACAACCUUGGGUCGGAGGGGAGCAAAAAACCUUGUUGUGUGUCGUUCAGGACCAAGGAUGUGCCAGAGCCUCAGUCUGGUCUGCAGCUCAACCCAGAGCUGACCUCCAUAGCGGUCACACUACUGCUUCUUGCUUAUAUCCUGCUGCUAGCAGUGCAGGGCUGGGAUACUGAACCUGGCGAGGAAGUGAGGAAGCAUCACAACGCCCUCUGUGUGGAUAUCAAGGGUCCAAAGACUGUUAUUAUCGCUCAGAAGACAAAAGAGAACAAUGAAGAUCCAACAGAUCUGAAAGAGAAGCUGGCAUCGUAUUAUAUCAUUUGAGAUAAUUACACACAUUCCAAGGCAGACAAGAUAAACUGGCACACAUCCAUAACAUGGGACAUGAAAUAUACUCUAGCACUCACGCAAAUGAAGGAUUUAGAGAUUAUGGUGCAACGAGAGAUUUGUAUUUAUUUUAUAUAAGCAUAAAGUAUAUAUUGACUUUGUUUCUGUGUUGAGAUGUGUUGUAAAGAUUGCUUAUCUCCCCUUUGGCGGGGGAAAUAAAACUGGACAAUCAUACUCCUGCUUAACACAGGGGAAACAACAGAGCCUGAGCUGCCUAUGAUCACUGGACUGAAACUAAAGAGAGCUUCAUACAUUUCAGGAAUGGAUAUUUACAGAAGAGAGCAGCUCAGACCUCCGGGGUUUUGUCCUGUUUAUAGUCAACAUGUUUCCAGACUCGAGCAUACUCUCUCCAAGCUGAUAAAAUUCUGCAUUACAACGGGCGCUGAAAGGACUUUCUGCUGGUUUGGACAGUUUAAGUCAAAGUGAUUGAUGUACACGGCGCUUUAGCUUUGCUCUUGGACUGACACGUCCAUCUUGCAGUACCAAUAUGGUGAGCUCAUCCCUGAUAAAACAUCCCUCUCUGUUUUAAAAUAAAAGUGAUUUAAAAGUGA